GAUGCAUCGAGGUGUUCCUUGGCUCCGCGAGGGGAUACGAGGCUGCCCCGCGCGUCACGAUGAGGGCCGCCAGCCCGACCUUCGGCUACGGCGACCUCGACCUCGUGGAAUUAGAUGAACAGACGCCCUUGCAGCCCGCGCGCAGCCAGGGCCGAAGUUCGGGCGGCCGGCUCCUGCCGCCGCUCGUCGCGGCCGGCUGCGCGUGUUUGAUGAUUGCGGCCGUCGCGUAUCAGAGGCCCCAAAAUGCGGGCGGGACGACGCUCCGAGCGUCAAAAAAGCCCCACGUCGUCCUGACCGUGCUCGACGACGCGGGUUAUGAUGAUUUGUGGUCGUCGUCCGACCUGGCAGCACCUCAUUUAUCAGCUUUACGGGACGAGGGCGUGGAGCUCACGUCGCACUACGUCGCGUCCGAGUGCACGCCGACGCGAGGCGCUUUGCUCACCGGUCUCCAUCCUACUUCCCUGGGCUUGCAACGCGGAGUCAUCUCCCAGACGUCGCGGUGGGGCCUCGAUCCGUCCGUCAAGACGCUCGCCGACGUCUUCCGCAGCAAUGGGUAUACUACCGCGCUCGCGGGCAAAUGGCACCUCGGGCAUUCGUCAACAGAAUAUUUACCGGAACGGCGAGGCUUCGACUCGGCCUACGGUUUUUUGGGAGGCUUCGUCGAUCCGUACUCGCACUACGCCGAGGCGCCGCCGGUCUGCGAAAGCGAUUGUGUGGUGGACUGGUCAUCUCAGUCCAAAACGUACGCCGCCGACGCGGUCGCGCACGAAGCUAAAAGAUUGAUCUCAUCCACUUCUGAAAAACCGCUGUUCCUGUACUACGCCUUGCCGACGCCGCACGAACCUUUACUAGAGCCGCCUUCCGCUCAAUACGACGACCGGCUGCAAGGCCGAAGACGCAUUUUUGGAGCCAUCGCUUCACAUCAAGACGCGAAGAUCGGUUCCGUCGUGAAGAGCCUGAAAGACAACGCCCUGUGGCCCUCCACUUUGUUCGUAGUGUUGGCGGACAACGGCGCGGCCGCCGCCGGCGGUUCAAACUAUCCGUUGCGGGGCGCCAAGGGCGGCGUCUGGGAGGGCGGCGUGCGCACCAGGGCGCUUGUAACAGGACCGUUAAUACCAAAAAACGUGCGGGGGUCGUCGUACGAGGGCCUGUUUCACGCGGCCGACUGGAUGCCGACCAUAUUAUCUGCGGCCGGCCUAUCUUAUGGAGAUGGCGACGGCGUCGACCAGUGGGCCGCGAUCAAAGGGUUGACUACACCUCCAAGAGAUGAAGUGAUCAUACACGUCGACACGUCUUCAUCUGGCAUGACGGGGGCCAUAAGGAGGGGGCGCUGGAAGCUCCUGCUGAACGUGAAGCGCGAGCCGGUCUACGACCGCACCUCCGAGAGCGCCCCUCUAGAUUGGUUGGCCGACGCGGCGGCCACGUACCUGUACGACGUCGAGGCGGAUCCCUCGGAGGCCGUGGACUUGAGUGCUGCGAACCCCGAUAUUGUUGAUGAGCUAUCGAAGCGCCUCGUCGACGUCCACGCCCAUGCGGCGGAGCCGCUGUACUGCGCGCCGACCCGAGAUGAGGACGAAAAGGCGCGGAGCGCGUUCCGCGCGAAUGGUAAUCGGUUGGGGCCCUGGGCGCCGUUAUCGACGGACCGGUCCCACUGCGACGACGACGGUAUAGAAAGGGAGGCGCUCCUCGCGGAGGCCUGUGCUUCUGGACGCAUGCUGGCGUCGUCUUGCGCGCGGGCGCUCGCCGCGGCUGCGGCCGGCUAAUGUUGUUUUUGCUUGUG